CGCCCUACCAUCCAUGCAAACAUGCUAGUAACAGAAACAUACAUUGCGUCGUUUAAAGCGCAGCACAGCAACAGAGUGUUGGUCGCCUGACUUCCUCAAGUUAAACUAGCGCAGACAGCUAACUAAGCGUGAGUGAAAACCAAUUCAACCAGCGAAGGACGAUUUUGAAGGCUGUCAUGUUGUGUGGGACCAACAGUAUUUCAGGGAAGGCGGGACUACAGGUCACACUACCUUGCUGGCUGGAAGUUCCAACAGUGUAAUGUGACAGUGUGAUGAACUUGUUUAUGAAACACAUUUGACGAUAGUCGGCCUGAGAGUAACAGCGAGAGAGUUACCGCAGGUUUCUGUUGAUUCUAUUGCGUUGACUGGACAUACACACACGUGGAUUUAACCUGGGAAGAUGAUUUUAAAGCCCUGAUCAUGCUAUGGGUCAGGCAUUGUGGAGGCUGCCUCCCAGACAACAGCAGCAGCUUCAGGAAGAGCUAGCUGACCGACUGGCUGACCAGGGAAGAAGACAAGAGCAAGGAGAGUAUGAAGGUCCCCAGAGGAGAGCUCCUCCGCAAUGUUAUGGUCCUGACAUCUACCAUCUGCUGAGGACAUGCAGGGGAGUUCAUGAGCAGCGUGGUUUUAGAGAUUUGGAGAUGCUGCCACCUGAAUUAGGCAUCACCAUACUGUCAUACUUGAAUGCUACUGAUCUGUGCCUGGCUGGCUGUGUGUGGCAGGGCCUGGGAAAGGACGAGUAUCUAUGGCAGGGACUUUGUAAGUCCACGUGGGGACACUGCUCCAUAUACAACAGAAGACUAUCGGGUGGUUAUUCAUACAGAAGACUAUACCUACAACUAGAUGAAGGCAGCCUAACAUUCAAUGCCAACCCAGAGGAGGGUAUCAGUUAUUUUAUGUCUAAAGGUAUACUACGUGACAAUCCAACCGAGCUGGCUAAGUUCAUCUUCUACACCAGACGGCUCAACUGGAAGAUGCUAAGAGUUUAUCUGGAUGAGAGGCGAGAUGUCCUGGACGAGUUGGUGACCCUCCAUAAUUUCAGUAACCAGUUCCUCCCCAAUGCUCUCCGGGAUUUCUUCAGACACAUCCAUGCACCAGAGGAAAGAGGAGAAUAUCUGGAAACCCUCAUCACGAAGUUCAGCCACAGAUUUUGUACCUGUAAUCCAGUUCUUAUCCGAGAACUGGGACUCAGCCCUGAUGCUGUCUAUGUACUGUGCUACAGUCUGAUCCUGCUGUCCAUCGACCUGACCAGCCCACAUGUCAAAAACAAAAUGUCGAAGAGGGAGUUUAUCAGGAACACUCGCCGAGCAGCACAUAAUGUCUCAGAUGACUUUGCUGGCCACCUCUAUGACAAUAUAUAUCUGAUUGGCCAUGUGGCUGCAUAGCUGCACCAACCAGCGGACCAGUAUACAUUCUCAUACUGCACUGAAUCACAGGAAGUGGUGAUUAGGACCCUAUACAUGUCUGGAGCACUGUGGAACUGGAAGAACAUGUCCUUUGAAGAAUGUAACAAUAAAUAAAUCUUAUUUAAAUAUUAGUAAAACAAAGAAAAUGAUCUGCUACACUGUGAGACUAUGACUGUGCUACCAAAUAUUAGUGAUGUUAUUAGUGUAAAAUUACAGGUGUAACAUCAUCUAAAUGUCUUUAAAAGUCAAGAAUGAGGCCGUUUUAAGAGGACGAACUAUGAUACUGCACUGACACAUGGGGACUAAUGAUGGUGAAGGGUCUAGGAGGAAGGGGAGAACUUCCCUUCGGCUGGUCAGAGAUACUGGGGGAGUUGUGCUGAUUAACUGUUGGACAGGAGUAGUUUCUCAUUCACUGGUAGGAUAAAGACUGGUCCACCUAUUCUUGUGGGAAGUGAAACAAAUGACAGAGGCUAGCAUAAGAUCAGUCACUAGUAAAGUUUUUACCUGCGUAUCAGAAUGUCCAUGUGUCAAGAUUUAACUAGAAGAAAAUGUUUGCAUUUUAAUCCUAUAUCUCAUACUUUUCCCCUGUGUUUUAAAUUGCUUGUCUAAUGAGUGUCACAAAUUCAUAAGGGGGUGUAUGCAUAGGAAAUCUGAUCACUUGUGGACAGGCUGCAUUCAUAAAAAUGUUUUGAAAAAGAAUGAAAUGAAAUGGGCCUGUCUACCAUCAGACAAUGAGACAAAACACAUUUUAAUACCAGGUGUCAAUUGGAAAUUAAACACCUCAGUGGCAAGGCAUGAUGGUAAAAUGGUAAAUGGAGAAACUAACUUUGCAUAACAUGUUUUAGGGGUUUAUUUUAUAAUAUUAAAGUUUAUAUAUAAUAUAUAUGGGUAUAAUAUUAAUGCUUCAAAUUUAUUCAGAUUGUGUUUCAGUUCAGUUUUUUUUCAGCAAGCCAUUCCGUAAGUUUGACUCUAAAGUUGGAUAAAAAUGUUGGCUGAAGUCAAAUGUGCAGUGCUUCUGAUUCAUUCAUUUACUGUUUAAAAAUAAAGAAGCUAUAAUUUCAUAUUUUUGCCAAAUGUUUAACUGCCCAAGUCAAAAGCUUAAUUUCAUAAAAACGCAGUCACUACGUCCCUGACAUAAUAGAAUAAUCCAUCAUUUUGACUUAGACAAUCAGUUUUAUAAUGACUUCAUAACAUCACUUCAGGUGUGAUAGGGACGUUAUUCAAGGAAUGAUGAGGAAUGCAUGUUUAAGUUUCGCAAUUUUAACUAACAGUCCUUGAUAAAAUAAAGAAACUGAUAUGAAAAGUAAUAAAACAAAAGGGUGUUAUUUAAAUGCUGAUUAUA